CCGCCUGCAUGCGUCGCAUCCCCACACAGUUAAAAUAAAUAAAUAAAUAAAUCCACGGACUUUAAUCACCACCGCGUCCACUGUGGACGGAUUUAAUGACAUCGUCGUCUGUGCUGCACCUUUGAUUGACACCAGAUCGUCUGUGACCUCGUUGCUCAUGCCCGCCACGCAUGGGGCGUAACCCUCCGCCUGCCCUCACGCAAGCAAAGAUGUCCGACACUGACCCCUCGUCGCCAAAAGACCCCCCGCCGCCACUCGCCUCCCUGCGCACCCCGCGUCAGAGCUCCUUUCUCUUCCUGCGGGAGGGAAGCAGAGUUUGGGAGAGGGAGCGGAAGCCCCCUCAGCCCGGCGCAGAGCUGCCCAGCCCGCUGCCCACCAAACGCACACGCACAUUCUCGGCGACAGUACGAGCCAAAUCGGGUCCCGUGUUCAAGGGCGUGUGUAAGAACUUCUCUCGCUCGCAGGGUCAUGGAUUCAUUCGACCCUCUCAUGGAGGAGAAGACAUCUUUGUCCACGUUUCAGACAUUGAGGGCGAGUACGUGCCGAUGGAAGGCGACGAGGUGACGUACAGGGUCUGCCCCAUUCCCCCCAAGAUGCAGAAGAUCCAGGCGGUGGAGGUGGUGAUCACGCACCUGAAGCCGGGAAGCAAGCACGAGACUUGGUCGGGUCAGAUCAUCAGCUCCUAGAUUCCGGGAUGUCCUGGUUUCCCUGCUGCUGAGGCUCUUGGGCAAGGGUUGCAUUUAAAAAGUUGGAUAUUUUGUGACAGGAGGAUGAUGACGACAAGAGGUGAAGGGAGUGAUGGUGGAAAUAGAAGGAAGGUUUGAUGUAAAAGAUUUGACUAAAAGAUUUGAAUGUAGCCCAAAUGUUUUAUUUGGUUGAAACAUUGCUUGUGCCAAAACUUUGAUUGAGUAAGGGGCGAAGGCUCAAUGUCAUUUCGAACAGAUCUGACCCAAUGUCGCCUGAGGAAAAAUCAAUCAGUUCGAGAGGAUGAGUGACCUCGGAUGUUACCGGCUGCAUUAGGCCCACCUGCGCAAUCUAAUGACAAUUCUGCCUUUACAAAGAUAACAAUACUCAGUUUUGACAUAAUCAAAGAGGCAUUCAUUUUACAAUGUUUAUUAUCGUGGGUGUCGUUCGCAGCCGAGCAGAGAGGUGUUUCUAAUAUUUUGACCCGCUCGUGGAGCUAAAUAAUAAAGAAAAUUGAGCAUAUUUAAGGUGGAAAUGUCGCUAGGUUGGCUAUUAUUACAUUGUGCAGGUACCCUAGACAUUUAUUGCCCAAUUUACGGGGCAGUCAAAAAGUAAUCAGCUCGACAGAACGGUCAGAAAGUGGGUGUCCAGGAUCAUAGGCGAAGAUCAAACGCCCGCUUCGAGUGACCUCCGUGACAAGCGAAGGAGCUGACGAAGUCAUGCGUUCCUUUGGCUGGACAACCAUGACCCAUCCCCCAGGCGUACCCGAUCUGGCACCAUCAGAUGAUCUCCUUUUUGGACCUUUAAAAGCUGGACUCAGUAAGUGAGGGGGCUUUCUUCUGCUGCGUGAUGACGUAUUCUUAUGUUGCGCGCCAUUCGGAACCUCGCAAACCAAGGACCCCCUAUAUUGCAUGGCACGAAGCAAGGAAGUGUUGAAAAUACCAGUGUAGUUGAUCACUUUAUUCAUAUUAAGUCGACAUUGGGCCCCACUGUUGUUUAAUGAACUCCACAUUGAACAUUUAAUAUGAGUUGUGCCUUCAUGUUACAGCUAGUCACGCAUACAGUCAUCUGCCAAGGGAGUUCAACUCAUCACGUGAUUAGCGCUGCUGUACUUUUAAGCGUGAAAAUGAAAGGACUAUUGUAGCAAAGGCCUAUGACGGACACGUACCUUUCAGUGGCCAGAGGGUUAGGGUUUGGAGACGCAAUUAACAAAGGGAAGACGAACGUCAUGAGAGAGAGGAUGACAGAAUGUAAGAAGAAGAACAGGAAGACUUACUUCAUGGACCUGGAAGACCUGGCACCGACAAGAAGUGAAAAUGGAAACAAAUAUGGAGUUGGUUCUCGCUUUGCGGCUAGAAUCUUCUGCCAAGACGUGCGUCUGUGGGUAUUGUCCAUUGUUUUCUCCAGAAGAACAUUCCCAGACCUAGGUUUUCUAGAAAUAAAUGGAAAAAGGAACAAAAUAAGGGUAAUUGUUAGAAAAUGCAGUAAAAGCUGUUAAUGCUGUCGGGAGGUGAUUGCAAGUAGGAAGUGCUUUGUGAUGUAGGUUUUCAGUGAUUAUUUAUUGACUUAUUUAUUAUGUUGGUAAGUAUCUGAAGUGGUUGCCAUUUUACAUCUUUGAGCAAUCGUAAGCCUUUUUGAUGACUGUACACCGGACUCCUAAUCAGCAUUAAGACUAACUUCUACCGAAUCUGUGUGAUUUUGAAUUUGGAACCGAUUUAUUGCUUUAGCAGUCCGUCACUAAAUGAUAUUUUUGAGUAGAAAAUAGUUGUCUGAUGCAGUUAUGCGGUUUUGAAUUUCUCGAGUAUCACUGGCAGUCAAACUAUUGUAACACAAUGUACGCGUGUAUGUGUGUGUAUGUUGAUUCUGUAUGUUAGUGGUGAAAAUCACUUUUUUUUCUCAUUUGCAUCUAAUCACUGUGUCUUUUGGCACUCGGGUAGCAUUUGAAUAAACUGUGGUAUCCAA